AUGCAGUUAACGUGUCGUUUUUAUAAACAAAAACUUCCUGAAACGGAUGAUCUUGUUAUGGUCAAUGUAGCAAAUAUUGAAGAGAUGGGUGUGUACGUCAGCCUUUUAGAAUACAAUAAUAUCGAAGGUAUGAUCUUACUUACUGAACUAUCACGACGUCGUAUCCGUUCAAUAAAUAAACUGAUUCGUGUUGGUCGAAAUGAAGUUGUUGUUGUUGUAAGAGUUGAUCGUGAUAAAGGUUAUAUUGAUCUUUCAAAACGUCGUGUGUCACCGGAAGAUAUUAGUAAAUGUGAAGAAAAAUUUGUUCGAGGCAAAACAGUGAACAGUAUUCUUCGUCAUACAGCUGAAGUACUUGAAAUAAAAACGAAUGAAGAAUUUGAAGAACUGUAUGAAAAAACGGCAUGGUACUAUGAUGAUAAAUAUAAACGUGUUGGCGCUUGUUACGAUGUUUUUGCACGUGCUGUCAGUGACGAAGUUGAAUUAGAUGAUUGUAAAGUUGAUGCGCAUACAAAAGAAAUUUUAAUAGCUAAUAUUCGACGACGAUUAACCCCUCAAGCCGUUAAAUGUCGAGCUGACAUUGAAGUCGCUUGUUAUGGAUACGAAGGUGUUGAUGCUGUAAAAGCAGCUUUAAAAGAAGGUCUUAAAAUGUCUACGGAGGAAAUGCCCGUAAAAAUCAAUUUAAUCGCACCACCAUUGUAUGUCAUAACAUCGACAUGUCUCGAUCGUAAAGAUGGUUUGGGUGCGUUGGAAAGAGUUAUUGAACAGAUAAAAUUAGGUAUCGAACAGUAUCGCGGUAUAUUCAAAGUAAAAAUGGCACCAAAGGUUGUUACUGACAUCGAUGAUCAUGCAUUACAAGUACAAAUGAAAAUUGCCGAAGAAGAAAACAAAGAAGUGUCUGGUGACGAAACAGAAGGUGACUCAGAAAAUGAAGAAGGCAUUUCUGGUAAAUUACCAAAUGAUGAAGAAGAAGCUGAUGUAGCCGGUGAUGUAGCAUCCACCACUCCAACAACCAUAACAAAAAAGACUCCACAACAAAAAAAUUCAACAACAACAACCAAGAAAACUACUGAUACAGAUGAUGAGGAAGAUGAUCAAGACAACGAGGGUUAA